AAAUCCACAACAAAAAACAACUUUUUACCAAAAUGAGUAUUAUUCCCAAAACAGUUCAUCCCGAUUUGCAGAAGGAGCGUUAUAAUGCCUCAUUCGAUGUGGAAGAGUUUGCCAUGUGGUGGCAUGGUGGUGAAGAAAAAUUAAAGUUCAAACGAUUUUUGGAAUCGUAUGUUCUGGAUGAUUUGGAUGAAAAUGCGUUUAGAUUUCAAAACCUGUCUCAUGAGGAUAUUUACAAUUCAGCUGUAAAUGAUUUUAUAAGGCUAGCAACCAAACUACGAGAGCUGCAGGAGAAACUCAAACCAGGGGGCACAGAUAUUUGGCCUGCCUAUCAUAGCGAACCGGAGGUAUGGGGUGCUAUACCAGCUGGAAACAUGUUCAGUGUCCAUCUAGAAAUGGUAGUCGAUUGCAUUCGUCAGCAGGGUACCGAUGAGCAAUUUCAAAAAUUUGGUGUACCCAGUCAGAAACUACAAAUAGGAGGUGCCUAUGCUCAAACCGAAUUGGGUCAUGGAACGUUUGUGCGUGGCUUGGAGACCAGAGCCGAUUUUGAUCGUGAUACUGAUGAGUUUGUAUUAAAUACACCAACGAUAACAGCCUACAAAUGGUGGCCAGGAGGAUUGGGUCAUUCCGCCAAUUAUUGCAUAGUGGCUGCCAAUCUUUACAUUGACAAUGAACCCAAAGGUUUGGCCAUGUUCAUGGUGCCUUUGCGUGACAUGGAGACCCAUAUGCCUUUGCCUGGCAUUGAUGUUGGCGAUAUAGGCAAGCGUAUGGGUUUUGCUGGUGUCAACAAUGGUUUCUUGGGUCUAAAGGAUGUACGCAUACCUCGCACCAAUAUGUUAAUGCGUCACUCUCAAGUACAUCGCGACGGCACCUUUGUUCAGAGUCCGGUACCGGUGUUGACCUAUUUUACCAUGGUCUUUGUACGUUGUCUAAUUGUGCGCAACAUGUCGACAUUGUUGUCAAUAGCUGCCACCAUAGCGACCAGAUAUUCAGCAGUGCGUCGCCAAUCGCCCAUUAAUCCCAAUGAUCCCGAACCUCAAAUUAUCGAUCAUGUGACCCAACAAAAGAAACUCUUUCCCGAAAUAGCCAACAGCAUAGCUUAUAAAUUGGCUACCACUGAGGUGAAAAAGUUGUAUGGACAAACUUCAGAGGAUAUAAAACGUGGGGAGUUUGGCCGCCUACCGGAAAUGCAUGCCUUGUCGUGCAUUUUGAAGGUUCUUUGUACCACCGCCUCAAUGACUGGUAUCGAAACAUUGCGUUUGGCUUGCGGCGGCCAUGGUUAUUUGGUUUCUUCGAAUAUGUCCAAUCUUUAUGCUGAUGCUGCCGCCUCCUGCACCUAUGAAGGAGAAAAUACCGUUUUGCUCUUGCAAGUGGGUAGAUUUCUUAUGAAGUCAUACCCCAGGGCAAUGGCGGGAAAGGAAUUGGUGCCAACUGUGGCCUAUUUAAGUGAGGCCAUCAAGCAUAGGACCAUAGAGAAAUGGACGGGAUCAUGGCAGGAUAUUAUUAAGGCCUUACAAAUAAGUGCAGCCAACAAAAUUAGCAUUGCCUAUGAAAAUCUAACGGCACGUCGAAAGGCUGGGCAAACAGAGGGAGAAGCUGCCAACAAUACAGGCAUUGAGUUAACACAGGCAGCAGAGCUACACGGCAUUUGUUUUGUUGUAUCAACCUUUUUUGAAGAAGUAAAGGGACCCAAUUCGGAAAAACGUAGCCCUGCCCUGAACAAAGUUCUAGAAGAUCUUUUGGAAUUGUUUUUGGUCUCAACUGCUUUGAAGUAUAUGCAUGAGAUAUUGAGGGUGAUUGAGCUUUCCGAUGACAAUUUACGUUCUCUACAGGAACGCUUAGAGAAUGUUCUUAAAUUUGUACGCCUAAAUGCUGUGGCCAUUUGUGAUGGCUUCGAUUACCAUGAUAAAACUUUGAAAUCUACUUUAGGUUGCUAUGAUGGCAAUGUUUAUGAACGUAUCUUUGAGGAGGCUAAACGUAGUCCAUUGAAUAAGAAGCCAGUGCCGGAAGUAAUUCAUACACAUUUGAAGCCAUUUAUGAAAUCGAAUUUAUAA